UUGAUCGGGCUCAAUGUUCAGAAAGUAGCUUUAUGUAAACAAAGUGAUUUUUUUUCUUCUCAAAGUCAAACUUGACUCUUACUCUAAUCCUUGCCUGCUGACCUGACGUCCACACUUCCACUUAUCAUGUGUUUGGAUGCUUUAUUUUGAGACUGAUCUACAGAUGGUGCUAUUCUCAUUAACGAUUGUUAGACAUGGAGAAACAUCAUACAACAGAAAAGGGAUAAUCCAAGGACAGACAAAUGUUCCGUUGUCGAAUGCAGGACACGAGCAAGCUCGUCUUGUGGCUGAGAGACUUCAGAAUGAGAGAUACAGCCACAUCAUCUCCAGUGAUUUGUCCAGGGCUCAAGAGACGGCUGAAGCUAUUGUAAAGAGAAACACAGCCAGCAGUUCUCCUCUCCGUUUAGAUGAAAGGCUCAGAGAACGAAAAUUUGGGGAAUAUGAAGGGAGACCUUCCCGAGAGUUGAUUGAAGCUGCUAAGAGCAUGUCCCUUCCCUCAUGGACAGAGUUCAACCCUUCAGGCUCAGAGACAUUUCAUCAGCUACAUGAGAGGGCCGUCACAUUUUUCUUUGAUCUCUGCAAAGAACUGGUCAGUCAAAAUACACCUUCUACACAACAUGGGAAACGGAGGUUCUCGGACAGCGAUUCAACAUCCUUGUUAAGUCAGACAAAAAAGAUCAUUAAGUCUAAAAAGAUUGUCUCCCCUGAACCAUUCCAUGAAUCACAAGGUAGAAAAACAGAAAUUGGAGACAUUAUUCUGCCCAACAUUAUAGAGUUAGACAAUCUAGAUCGAGUGACAAGUUCGAGUAGCACUAACGUGAUGAAAGGGGACGAAACAGACUUCAUUCUGUUUCAAAAUAACACUAUAUCUAAAGCUAGUGUAAAAUCUAACAAUAUGAAAAAGUCUGAAGAACAUUUGUCAGAAGAAUCAAAGUGUGACACAGAGCAGGAUGCUUUUAUGCGUACAUCCGAAGAGAGUGCUUCACAGUUGACUGGUUUUGUAACGGAUUCUGAAAAUAUAGAGGAAUGGCAAACUAUUGGUGAUGUUCUAGUGGUUAGCCAUGGUGGCCUUAUUAAAGAGCUUGUGAAAUUCUUCGUGGAAAAACUGGACUGUGAAAUGCCAGGUGGCUUUAGAAGUGCUCUACGGAUCUGCCAUAACUGUAGCGUAUCCAAAUUCCUUAUUUCAGUGCAAAAUGUUGAUCAUUCAGCUCCGGAAGUAACCUGCCUGUUUUUUAAUAGCAAAGAACAUUUACAAGGACUGGGUGUAGAGUUUCCUGAAGGGAAAUACUGAGCUAGAUUUCCAGUUCAUUGUUUUAAAAUUACUGUUUCCAACAAAAACAACAAAAAUGCUUGGUUUUCUAAGUUUGUAUGAGAUAAGCUUAAUGUAAUGUGUAAAUUGUAUAAAAUAAACUUAUUUUUAAUUUUAUAAAUAAA